AUGGAGAAGCAGUUCGCUGUUAAGGGUUCGUCCGAUAUCCGAAGACUCGCAUGAUUUUCCCCCGCUCACGAUUUCACAGCCGUGGAACACUUGAUGACAUACUGGUCGAUCCUGGAGAAGGUUCCGGGCUCGAAGCUGCGCCUGACGAGGAUGGACGACGAGAUCCUGGAGUCUUUCCAGAAGGAAUUCCCGGACUUCGAUCCGGCCGCGACGAUCGACGAGGACCAGAUGAAGAGCAAGGAGGGCAAGGAGAAGUGGCGUAACUGGAUGAACCAGUUCGAGAAGACCGUCCACGACUUCAACUUCGGAACCAUGCUGCGCUCCAACCCCAAGUUCGAAUACGACCAGGAGACUACAAUCUUCGCUAUGCGUAUGCAAUUCUACGCCGUCGAGAUCGCCAGAAACCGUGCCGGCUUGAACGACUGGGUUUAUGAAAAGGCGCAGAAGGCCAGCUCUUAAGCGCGUGGCAGCAGCUUUCCCCUUCUCCGGGCUACGCAGGAACGAUGACUGGCGGCAAUGAUUUGUCCGGGUCCGACCAUCCUUGCAUUGCUAUUGUCCCAACGACUUUGCGAUGACUCGAGCCCACGGGUCUAGACGGCAGACCUUUAGCAUCUUGUCCCAUGGAUCUCAACUGGGUGGUUCCGGCAUCGCCUAUAUAGCCCUGUGAAAGAGUGUGGUCCUCCCAACACGCACUCUAGAAUAUUUCCCUCGGGAUCGGAAUACCAUGUACAUACAGUGGGCGGAAUUCGUGCAGUUGGAAUGCAGUGAUGAAUAGAAAGACAUGUGGUUGACCCUCCCUCUGGUGAAGCCGCGGGAGAACAAUGGCAACGCCGGUCCAUUGAUCUCUGCCCCCUCUAAUAUGCCCGCAUCUGGAAAGGAUCGGGGAAUAGGCCAGCUAAGAUCAAAUGAAAUGUCGC